AUGAACAUAGCCAAAUCAAGAGACGUGGAUAUGGUGAUCCAGGCAGGAGACUUGUUCCAUAUCAACAAGCCGUCGAAGAAAUCAUACUACCAUGUGAUCCGCACAUUACGCGAGUGCUGCUGGAUCGACCGGCCACGAGAAUACAAGCUUGUUUCCGACCCGUCGGUGGUGAUGUCGACGCGACACUUCAACUAUCCGUGCGAGUACGACCCCAACAUCAACGUUGGGAUGCCCGUGUAUGCGAUCUCGGGCAACCACGACGACGCAACGGGAGAUGACCUGUUGUCGCCGCUGGACCUGCUUUCUGUGGGCGGGUUGUUGAACCAUUUUGGCCGCGUCACUAAUAACGACGAUAUCAAGAUCAGUCCGCUGUUGUUCCAGAAAGGCUCCACGAACUUUGCCCUGUACGGGCUCCAAAGCAUUCGCGAAGAGCGGCUGAAAAGGACGCUUGCGGCAGGAAACGUCGAGUUCCUGCAGCCGGACGAUAGCAACGACUGGUUCAACCUAAUGUGCAUCCAUCAGAACCAUGUGCCCCGGCCAGGAACACGGAUUGUUGAAGAGGUGCAUCUGCCCGGGUUUCUAGACUUUGUGUUCUGGGGCCACGAGCAUGAGUGUCUGCCAACGCCAAACCACAACCUCACGACGGGAUUUGAUGUUCUCCAAGGCGGAUCUUCUGUGGCUACGUCUUUGAGCGAGGGAGAAGUGCCUGACAAACACGUUUACCUGAUGAAGGUGAAGGGGAAGGACUACUCGCUGGAACCCAUCCGGCUGAAGUCUGUGCGUCCCUUUGCAAUGAAAGAUGUUGUUCUGAGCGAGUCAGGGAUCCCUGCCACCUCUGGUAGCAAGGACGAGGUGACAAAUUUGCUAAUAGACGAGGUGGAGUCCUUGAUAGAACAGGCUACCGAGAAGUGGAAAGACGCCAACAAGGAACUUCUUGAAACGCUCGUUGAUAUAGACAUCCCAUUACCGUUGAUCAGAUUGCGUGUGGAGUACAGCGGAGGGUACGAUGUGGAAAAUCCGCGCCGUUUUUCCAAUCGGUUUGUUGGUAAGGUUGCAAACAUUAACGAUAUUGUGACAUUUUUCAGAAAAAGAACUGUUGGAAACAAACUAGCAUCUACAAUGAACAAGAAGAAAGGAACGGAGGACACCGAGCUUGAGAUCCGCGAAGGAACGCUCAAUAUCGGCGACUUUGUUCAACGGUACCUGGACGAGGACGAUUUGCUACUGCUCAAGAAAACCGACAUGUCCAAGGUGAUCGAGGACUCUGUCGCCAAAGACGACAAACAAUUGAUCAAGAAGUUCAUUGAGGACGAGCUCGGCAACGACCUGGACCUGUUGCUUAAGCUGAAGGUGAGCGAUUCCGCCGACGUUGAAGGCCAGUCUCUUGGGGAGCUAAAGAAAGGGUUCCGCAGGAUUGUCAAGGAGAUCCGCGCCAAUACAAAGUACAGCGCUAAAGAGAAGGCGCGGGAGUCUGGCGACAUCAAGUCCGACCUAUUCGUGGACUCGGAUGAAGAACAUUCCACCAGAGGUCGGCGCAGACCAAAACCAGAUACAGUGCCUGAUCUGACUCAGUUCAUGAGACCUACCGAAAUCGCAUCGGAAAGCUCUGACGAUGGGCUUAUCGAGAUCGAGGAGCCCCGCAAGCCGGCAGCCAAGAAGCGCGCCAAGACUCGCAAAACACAAAAGCCGGUCAGCAUGUUUGGCAGCGUAGCUCGCUGA